UUCGCGCGGGCUAUUCAAUCAAUUUAUCUAUUUAUAUAUGACAUGAGAGGAAGGGGAAGUGAGAGCGUUCGAUGGCGGUGCAGGCGGCCAGGCUUACUCUGCGAAUGCAAAAGGAGGUUAAGAUGUUGCAGACCGAUCCCCCACCUGGCAUCGUCUGUGUUCAUCUUUCUUCCUCCUCCUCCCUAACCAAUCUGGAGGCUCAUCUGAAAGGGCCCGAAGGAACUGUUUAUAGCCAGGGGUUGUUCAAGAUAAAAGUGCAAGUGCCUGAUAGAUAUCCUUUCCGACCUCCCAAUGUGACUUUUAUGACACCCAUUUACCACCCCAACAUUGAUGAUGGUGGGCGCAUCUGCCUUGACAUUCUCAAUCUUCCUCCCAAGGGAGCAUGGCAACCUUCUCUGAAUAUUUCAACAAUUCUGAUGAGCAUUGGCUUGUUGUUAAGUGAGCCCAACCCAGACGAUGGCCUUGUGCGUGAGGCUAGUGCAGAGUACAAAUACAACAGGCAGGUCUUUGAGGAGAAAGCACGAUCUUGGACCCAGAGAUAUGCUUUGGAAGAGAAGUCUAGUUCUGCUAACACAAAGGCCAGCAUUGGCAAAAUGCCCCCAAUGGUCGAACAAGAAAAUCACAACCUCAAGCAGCAGAGGAAAGAGGGAGUGGAGAGCAAGAAACUGAAUGCUGUGAGCAAGAAACUGUCAUUGGAAUCGUCAUUUUCUGGGCGUUCGAAUACUGAGGAGAGCCACAAAACCCAGUUUGAGAGAAGUUUGAGCAUUGGGUUAUCAGUCAGCACUGGUUCAUCCCAACUACUGCCCUUGGCCACAAGCACUCCUGGAAUCAUUCACCAACAACCUAAAGCUAGCAACUUGAAUCAGGUUUUGCCUUUAGACUAUGACUUGGAUGCCAAAAGCCUAAACCAGAAGGUUGAGUUUACUGGUAUUAUUGUGUCGGACAGCGAAAGUGAGGAAGAUGAGCAGCCAAGUCAAGGUUGUUCCCUCCGGCAAAAUCACUUAAAGCGCAAAGUCUCUAUGAUGAACUGAAAUGAAGUGAGGAUUCAUACGAUAGUGUGUACAUUUUUGUUCGUUUUUCAAGAAACAAUGACUUUAUAACAGAUAUAUGGGUAAUAUUUUGAGAAAAAUAUGGUAUAACAUGACUUGUGUCACCCACCUAUUUCAAAUCUCAAGAAAUCUAUGAAUUUGUUUUCAUGGUUAAA